GGGGCCUGCGCUGGGCCUGGCGCGAGGGGCGCGGCCCCGGCGGCACAGACAGCGCGGCUGCGGAGCGGGACGCACCAUGUGCGGCAUCUUUGCUUACCUGAACUACCAUGUGCCCCGGACGAGGCGGGAGAUCCUGGAGACCCUCAUCAAGGGGCUGCAGCGCCUGGAGUACCGGGGCUAUGACUCUGCAGGUGUGGGACUGGACGGAGGAAAUGAUAAAGACUGGGAAGCCAAUGCUUGCAAAAUCCACAUUAUCAAGCAGACGGGGAAAGUGAAGGCUCUGGAUGAAGAGGUUCACAAGCAACAGGACAUGGACCUGGACAUCGAGUUUGACGUGCACCUGGGCAUCGCCCACACGCGCUGGGCCACGCACGGCGAGCCCAAGCCUGUGAACAGCCACCCGCAGCGCUCCGACAAGAACAAUGAGUUCAUCGUCAUCCACAACGGCAUCAUCACCAACUACAAGGACCUGCAGAAAUUCCUGGAAAGCAAGGGAUACGACUUCGAGUCGGAGACAGACACAGAGAGCAUCGUCAAGCUGGUCAAGUACAUGUACGACAACCGCGACAGCGACGACAUCAGCUUCUCCACGCUGGUGGAGAGGGUCAUCCAGCAGCUGGAAGGUGCUUUUGCCCUUGUGUUCAAGAGUGUUCAUUACCCUGGGCAGGCGGUCGGUACCAGGAGAGGCAGCCCCCUGCUCAUCGGCGUGCGCAGCGAGCACAAGCUCUCCACUGACCACAUCCCCAUCCUGUACCGCACAGCCGUACAAUCUAUGGAUCAUUCUUUUGAUGGAAUAUCCAUAAAAAUGGAGGAAGGGAAAGACAAGAAGGGGAGCUGCAACCUGUCCCGAGUGGACAGCACCACCUGCCUCUUCCCCGUGGAGGAGAAAGCUGUGGAAUAUUACUUUGCUUCUGAUGCCAGCGCUGUCAUCGAGCAUACCAACCGCGUGAUCUUCCUGGAGGAUGACGACGUGGCGGCCGUGGUGGACGGCCGGCUGUCCAUCCACCGCGUCAAGCGCACGGCUGGCGACCACCCGGGCCGGGCCGUGCAGACCCUGCAGAUGGAGCUGCAGCAGAUCAUGAAGGGUAACUUCAGCUCAUUCAUGCAGAAGGAAAUAUUUGAACAGCCAGAAUCUGUUGUUAAUACCAUGAGAGGAAGGGUCAACUUUGAUGACUACACUGUGAACCUGGGCGGGCUCAAGGAUCACAUCAAGGAGAUCCAGAGGUGUCGGCGUUUGAUCCUCAUCGCCUGUGGCACGAGCUACCAUGCAGGAGUGGCAACCCGCCAGGUGCUGGAGGAGCUGACUGAGUUACCUGUCAUGGUGGAGCUGGCCAGCGACUUCCUGGACAGGAACACGCCUGUGUUCAGGGAUGAUGUCUGCUUCUUCCUCAGCCAGUCAGGGGAGACGGCAGACACCCUGAUGUGCCUUCGCUACUGCAAGGAGAGGGGAGCCCUGACCGUGGGCAUCACCAACACCGUGGGCAGCUCCAUCUCCCGUGAGACCGACUGCGGCGUGCACAUCAACGCGGGCCCUGAGAUCGGCGUGGCCAGCACCAAGGCCUACACCAGCCAGUUCGUGUCCCUGGUGAUGUUUGCCCUGAUGAUGUGUGACGACAGGAUCUCCAUGCAGGAGCGGCGCAAGGAGAUCAUGCGGGGGCUGAAGGGGCUUCCAGACUUGAUCAAAGAAGUGCUGAGCAUGGACGAUGAGAUCCAGAAGCUGGCCACCGAGCUGUACCACCAGAAGUCCGUCCUCAUCAUGGGACGUGGCUACCACUACGCCACGUGUCUGGAGGGAGCCUUGAAAAUUAAGGAAAUCACCUACAUGCACUCGGAGGGGAUCCUGGCCGGGGAGCUGAAGCACGGCCCCCUGGCCCUGGUGGACAAGCUCAUGCCCGUGAUCAUGAUCAUCAUGAGAGACCACACCUACGCCAAGUGCCAGAACGCCCUGCAGCAGGUCAUUGCCCGGCAGGGCCGGCCUGUGGUGAUCUGUGACAAGGAGGACAUCGAGACCAUUAAGAACAACAAAAGAACAAUCAAAGUUCCCCACUCCGUGGACUGCCUGCAGGGGAUCCUGAGUGUGAUCCCCCUCCAGCUGCUGGCCUUCCACCUGGCCGUGCUCAGGGGCUACGAUGUUGAUUUUCCAAGAAAUCUGGCCAAGUCCGUAACUGUAGAGUGAAAGAUCAUCUGAAUCAUAGGGGCAAAGGGGAAUGAAAUGAAAGACUUUUUUUUGGUACCAAAAUAACUCGAUUUUAAAGCCCCCUAGGUAAAUCUUAUUUUGGUAAAUCGUUGUUUGUGUAUAAGAUCACCAUAAUUCCAUUACAUUAGUGAUUGUCCAAUCGAUUCCACGUGCUACGUCAAUAGCUCUGGGGUUUUUCUGAUCAAUAGACUUCCAUGCAAGAUGUUAAAUGGUUUUUCUUAAAGAUUGCUGAGUCUUCUAGCUAAGGGGUUACUCUGAGCUGAUGCCACUGUCUCUUACCUGGCGUGGCUCAUUCCAGUCACUGUGGGAAGGGAUUCUCAGUGCCCUGUGGUGCUCUCAGGCAGUGCAGCAGGACACCAGAACACACAACUGGAACAAGAGCUGGCACUGGUCACGCUUGAGGCAGGAAUUUUACCAGAGAAGGAAACUGCAGGCAAGCCUUUGGGGUGAAUUCCUGCCCUAGGUGCAGCAGAGAAUCCAGCUGAGCUGCCACAGCCUGCCCACUCCUGGGCACCUGGUGCAGGUGCCAGGGAGGUGAUGCUGCUCCAGAAGGGUUUUAUCCAUGCCACAUCCAGAGCAAGUGACAAUCUCCUAGCCACGGUGGCCACAGGACCCCAGCACCAAGCCUGACAGGGCUGGGAGCUCUGACCAGGGCUGGGGGCAGAGAGGUGCCAGGGCUGGCUCUGAGCUGCUGCUGCUGCUGCUUGGGGCUGUUAAAACAAGGGGAGCUUUUCUUGUGCUGAGGAUUUCCCCUGGAACUGAGGGGCACUGAGAGCACACCUGGGUGUGACACAGCUGAAGGACCUAGCUGUGUGACACACCUGAGUGUGACACACCUGGCUGUGACACACCUGAUGGACCCAGCUCUGUGACACACCUGAAGGGGAUAAAAAGGGUCCAUAAACAAGCCAGAAAUAACCUUGGAAAAUUACCUUGGUAAUAAAGAAAUUGCCUAAAGAAAUUACCUUGGUAAUGUUCCUAUAACCAGCUUGAAGAGAAUCCAAAACGACACAGAAAACACACCUUCAGGACUCAAAAUCUGACUUCUUCAGAGUCAUCAAAGGGCAGUUUUUAUGUAUUUCCUAAUGUGGAAAGGUGAAUUUCCUCCCAUCUCACUGGGAUUUGAAUUAGCUUUACACAGGCACUGUAAAACCAUGCCACAAGGUGUGAAAUGGUGCUGGUGACGAUUCCAGGUGAUUUACUGCCCCUGAAAAAUGGCUUUAGCAAAUGCAGUGCUUGGGGAGUGGGUGCCCAGUGCCCUGCCAGCCCCAGUUCCCCUGGCACGGGGUAUUCCCAAAGACUCUGUGGCAAUUCUGCUUUGUGUAAACCUUUCACUUCAGUUCAGUGCUCAAGGCUCAGCCUCAUGAUGAGAAUGAAAUGCUGCGUGCCUGGAAAAGUUUCUCAAAGCCAGUGCAUGUGUUUAUUAACCUGUCUCAUCUGUUAAUUUAAGGACACAUUGUGCUGCCAGUGUCUGUUUAAGAGCAAAGCAGUAAAUGCUGCGUUUUAGUGCAGUAAAUGCUGCAUUUCAGUUCAGCAAGAGCUGUGUGUGAGGCACUGCCCUGGCACAGCUGAGCCUAAACAUCACCUUAGCCCUCCCUGCUUCACUGGAGGAGGAGAAUUGAGGACAAAGCAAGGCAUGUGCAAUGCUCACAGGUGGGAGACAGCUCCUCUUCCUCCUCCUCCUCCUCCUCCUCCUCCUCCUCCUCCUCCUCCUCAGCUUGCUUCAGAACCCCUGCAGGGCUUCGCAGGCUGGGCUGCCCCUGGUCCCCCUGGCCCAGGAAUGUGCAGAGCCCCAUCCUCUGCUCUCAGAGCAGGAUCUCUCGUGGAACAGCCCCACGAGGGGAUCACUUCAGGCCCUUUUUCUGCCCCUGCAGCCAGCACUACUUUUCCAGCCUGCCUUGCAGAGAGCAGGGGGGGCACACACCCCUGGGAGCAAGCUCAGCGUGUUAGUGCAAGCUGUUCCACCUCGGUGAAAGGUGUGUGCAAAGAGGACCAAAGAACUGAGUUAGGAGUGUCCAGUGUGGAGCUGCUGAGCUCUCUGGCUUUGUGCUGAGCCAAAUAAUCCCUGUUCCCUGUAGCUGGAGGCACUGAUGGGGCAGGGGACAGGCAGUGCCCCUCCUCCUGCUUGAGGGUCAAACUCUGCUGCCAAAACCGAGGGCUCACAGCUCUGGCAGGGAGGCUGGUGGAUGCUGCAGGCUCAGCCUCCAGGGAUGCUCUGGAGCACACCUAUGUGAAGAAUUUCCCUGCUGAGUGUGGCAGGGAGCCUGUUGGCAUCUCCUUGUUGUUGUUGUUGCCAUGCAGUGUGAAGUGGGAAUGUACAAAGGACUCUUUCUAGCUUUCCUUACCUCAUUCUGUCCCUGUGUUGCAUUUUGAUGAACAGAUGAUGUUUCUCUUUUCCUUAGAAAACUUUUAGAAUGUCUCGUGGUAUUUAUUAACAGCCAGUCAGUCUUCUGCUCUCCCAAAUGAAUGUUUUGCUUACUGAGCCAGUGAAAUUCUCUCCUUCCUCACUGAGGUGUUGUAAAAUUCAGUAGCCCUGUCUCUAAAAUUGAGCCACAGGUAAAUACAAAUCAAGGCCUUUGCCACCUGGACUAGCAGCUCCCACUCCUGCCCACUGUGUUCACAGGUUAUUUCAGUGUGAGUCGCUCUGUUCCUCACCUGCAGAGGCGCAGAGGGAAGCCCUGAGGUCUUGGGGAGUUUUAAUUCCCAAAGAGCAGAGAGCUCCCAGCUCAGCGCGAGUUCCUGCCCAGCAGUUCUCACUCAGAUUCCACACACGUGCAGAUUAAGCUGCACAUGGAAUUUCCUGCAUCCAGAAAGGCUUUUCCCCCCUGCCUGGCUCUGCUGCAGAAGGGCUGUGGGCAGUUUUGUCCCACAUUUGUCAUUGUCAGCACUCAGUUCCUGGGGGUGUCCCUGGGCAGGGCAUCUCCCUGGGGACACCCUGCUGCCCAAAAAGCUGCCUGUACACCCCGUGGUGGGCCAGGCUCAACCCCCCGUGCUGAGAGAGCCCAAACACCACCCCGAGCCUGUCCCAGCCACAUGGGAUGAGCAGAACCCUCAGUCGGAGCCUUAAGCCCAGCCCAGACACUGAGGUCUGGCUGAGCUGCAGAGUGAAGCCUCUGGAGGCACAAAUCAAGCCCACACCAGUGCAGAAUUGGGCCUGUCCUCUCCCUGGCUGUCCCCAGGAGUCCUUGAUGUCACAAGCAGGUGCCUGCUGGCCUUGUUGGAUGGAGCGAGGGACUGAAAUUAAGUAGCUUAAGUAGCAGGUCAGUGUUUAGCUGUGGCUAAUUUUAGAUCCUACCUGAAUGUACCAAACUUGCCUCAAAGCAUGGACUCCCUCCUCUUCAGCAGAACAGGAAGAAGAAGAAACAGAAGUAUUUGGGUUGGGGAAAAAAAGAAAAAAAAAAAAAAGAAGGAAAGAAAACUUAUUUGCCUUCAAUUCAGUUUCUGUAAAUAGACAUUUGAGUGGCAAACCCACAUUUCCUGCCCUGUAGAUUCUCUGUGCUGUACAUAUCCAGCUGGCUUGGGCUGUGGGGACCAGACUACCAUGUUUGUUGUGUGCUGUUUGCAGGAGAUGUCUCACUUUUGUCUGUAGCGUUUCUCAUUUGGGUUUUGUCUCUGCUUACUUUUUUUGUAUUUCACCCUUUGAAUAAAAUCAAGUGCCCUACGUUAACCAAAUGGAA